AUGAUUUUACUCCCUGGCCCUGCAGCCUUGCCAACUGCUAAGCAGCACUCUCUCUCUCUUGCUGCGAAUAAGUCUUUAAAUAAUGUUAAAUCUGUUAUAGCCAGAUUCGUUCAUUUCGUUAAUCUACAAAGUCCUUUAAAUGCCCAACAACACUCCAUUCUCAAUGAUCUUCUCGUUUACGGAGAAUCCAGCACUCUCGACAUCACAAACGCAUUCUACGUUAUUCCACGCCCAGGUUCAAUUACCCCUUGGUCCACAAAGGCCUCUGAUAUCGCUAAAAUGUGUACUUUGGAUGGCUUCGUUGAUCGUAUCGAGAGAGGUGUGGCUUUCGUCAUUGAAACCACUGACAAUUCCAUUCUCUCUAUCAAUGAUAUUGCUCCUAUUUCUCAUUUGUUAUUCGAUAGAAUGACUCAAUUACUGAUUGACCACCCACCUCUGGACAAAGACAUGUUCGAAAAAUUUUCACCCGCCCAACUCAACACCGUCCCCCUACCAAAAAAUGAAAAUGAUGCUAGAAUGACCCUCAUUACUGCAAACUCAUCUCUCGGCUUGGCCCUCUCUCCCGAUGAAAUUGAGUACCUCGUCGGCGCCUUCGUCAGUCACCCUCAAAAUGCCCUCAUGAGAGAUCCAACUGAUGUCGAAUUGUUUAUGUUUGCUCAAGUCAACUCUGAGCACUGUCGCCACAAGAUAUUCAACGCUCAAUGGACUAUCGACGGUCACCAACGCGAUCUCAGCUUAUUCCAAAUGAUUAGAAACACUGAAAACGUCAUUAACGGCAACAACACUGUAAGCGCUUAUUCUGACAACGCUGCCAUUUUGAAGGGCUCCAAAGCUGCUAGAUUCGCUGCUGUCAACGAUGCUACCAACGGUCCACCUGUCUACACCGCCAGCCCCGAGGAUAUGCCCAUCUUGGCCAAGGUCGAAACCCACAACCACCCAACGGCUGUAUCUCCUUAUCCUGGCGCUGCUACAGGAUCAGGCGGUGAGAUUCGCGAUGAAGGCGCCGUCGGCAGAGGUUCGAAACCUAAAGCUGGCAUGAGUGGUUUCACCACCUCCAAUUUAAUCAUCCCAGACAACCGUCAACCUUGGGAAACUGACUUUGGCAAACCAUCCCACAUCGCUUCCUCUUUGGAUAUCAUGAUUGAUGGUCCACUUGGUGCUUCUGCAUUCAACAACGAAUUUGGUCGGCCUGCCAUUUCUGGCUAUUUCCGUACUUUCUCCGAGGAGGUACCUGUUGAUAACAAAGGCAAGACUGAAAUUAGAGGUUACCAUAAACCAAUCAUGUUGGCAGGUGGUCUUGGUAAUGUCCGCCCUCAAUUCACCCACAAAGGUCAGAUUAGCGUCGGUGCACAUGUCAUUGUCCUCGGUGGUCCAUCCAUGCUCAUUGGUUUGGGUGGCGGUGCUGCCUCUUCCAUGACCUCUGGUUCUAGUUCUGCAGAGCUCGAUUUCGCAAGUGUGCAGCGCGAGAAUCCGGAGAUGCAACGUCGCUGUCAGCAGGUUAUUGACAGCUGCAUUUCUUUAGACGACACCAACCCUAUUCAGUCCAUCCAUGAUGUUGGCGCUGGUGGUUUGUCCAAUGCUUUACCUGAACUUGUUCACGAUGCUGGUCUAGGCGCUCACUUCGAAAUCCGCAACGUCUUGCUAGCUGAUGAGAGCAUGUCGCCAAUGGAGAUAUGGUGCAACGAGUCGCAGGAGCGCUAUGUAAUGGCUGUCGACCAGACCAACAUUGGUGUCUUCGAAGCUAUUGCUAGACGUGAACGCUGUCCUUACGCUAUCGUUGGACGUGCUACAGAGAGGGAGCAGCUGGUCCUGACUGACAAGUUACUUGGCAACACCCCAAUCGAUCUUCCUAUGUCCAUCCUCUUUGGCAAGACACCUAGAAUGUCUCGUCAAGUUGUAACCGCCCAUCCACAUAGGGAGGAAUUCGACACCAGUCUUGGUAAAUACCUGCAUCGGAAUAUGGAGAUAAAUGAGAUCAUGCAGCAUUCAGUUGAACGUGUUUUGAAGUUACCGACAGUAGCCUCGAAAUCCUUCUUGAUCACCAUCGGUGACAGGUCAGUUACCGGUCUUGUCUCGCGCGAGCAGAUGGUAGGUCCAUGGCAGGUUCCAGUUGCAGAUGUAGCUGUCACGCGUACAUCGUAUGGAUUUGACAAUGCUGCGGGUGAGGCUAUGGCAUGUGGAGAAAGAACACCGCUCGCUCUUCUUAAUGCUGCAGCUAGUGGAAGGAUGGCUGUUGCUGAAGCGUUGACUAACGCAGCAGCUUCCAACAUAGAGGAUCUCACAACAGUCAAGCUCUCAGCCAACUGGAUGAGCGCAGCUGGGUACGAAGGUGAGGGUGCACGUCUUUACGAGACUGUCCAGGCUGUCGGCAUGGAUCUUUGUCCUAAACUCGGCGUGGGUAUUCCUGUCGGUAAGGACUCCAUGUCCAUGUCUAUGAAGUGGAAUGAGAACGGAGACGACAGACAGGUUACCGCUCCUCUCUCCGUUAUCGUCACGGCUUUCGCUCCUGUUGCCGACGUCGGUUUGUCUUGGACACCACAAUUGAGGAGGGAUAUCGGCGAAACUUCCCUUGUUUUUGUUGAUCUCGCAAACAAGAAGCAGCGUAUGGGUGGAUCAGCGCUCGCGCAAGUGUUCAAGCAAAUCGGUAAGGAGUGUCCGGAUGUAGACGACGCGAACCUCAUGAAAACAUUCUUCGCUGCCUGUCAACUCGCUCGCCAAGUUGAUCCUGAGUUAGUGCUGGCGUACCACGACAGAAGUGAUGGUGGUCUUUUCACCACCAUCGCUGAGAUGGCUUUUGCUGGUCGAUGCGGUGUUGAGGUGAUGACAGACUCGCUUGGAUCUGAUCCAAUAUCGUCGCUCUUCAACGAAGAGCUCGGUGUAGUUCUCCAAGUGCAGUCGAACAAGCUGCCUCUGCUUGCUCAAACAUUCCACAAGGCCGGUUUCCCCCCAACCGCGAUCCACGCAAUCGGCAGAGUCACGCCUGAUAAUGAAAACAUCACCGUCGUGCAGCACAGCAAUAUCAUCUACGAAAGCACCAGAGCUCAGUUACAGGAAUACUGGGCAGAGACAUCGUACAAGAUGCAAACGAUCCGUGACGACCCGGCAUGCGCAGAUGAGGAAUACGCAACAAUCAGAAAAUCUGCCGUCGAGAACCCAGGUCUGCGCUACAACCUUACUUUUGACCCAGCGCUGUCGAGAUUGCCGACAUCACUCACUGAGCGUCCGAGUGUAGCUAUUUUGCGCGAGCAGGGAGUAAAUGGACAUAUGGAGAUGGCUUGGGCUUUUGACAUGGCUGGAUUUAAGGCGGUUGAUGUGCACAUGUCCGAUAUUCUCUCGGGAAGUGUCUCACUGCAAGAUUUCACCGGUCUGGCUGCAUGUGGUGGUUUCUCGUAUGGUGAUGUCCUUGGUGCUGGUUCUGGCUGGGCGAAGUCGAUCCUCCUCAACCCGAUAGCGAGAAAGGAGUUCAAGGAGUUCUUCCAUAAUGAGCGCAAAUUCGCCUUGGGGGUGUGUAACGGCAAUCAACUCUUCGGGUGCCUCAAGCCGAUUGUACCCGGCGCAGAACACUGGCCAGAGUGGAAACCAAACCGUUCGAACCGCUUCGAGGCGCGUACGACUAUGGUCGAGAUCGAGAAGAACACGCAGAGCAUCUUCCUCAAACCACUCGCGGGCUCGAAACUCCCUAUAGCCGUCGCUCAUGGUGAAGGUAGGGCUGAGUUCAGCGAUAACGCUAAGGACGCACUCACCGCUGAUGGGGGUGUCGCUAUCAGGUAUAUCGACAGCGAUGAUAAGUGGGCUUCUACUUACCCCGCUAAUCCUAACGGUUCGCCUGAUGCUAUCGGGGGUGUAGUCGCUGCUAAUGGUCGCGUUCUCGGUCUGAUGCCUCAGUGA